UCCCCCGCGCUCGGUGUUGUGCUGCGCUCUCUCUGGCGGCCCUGCUGUCCUGCUGGGCCUCCGGUGUCCGCAGGAGUUUCCAACCCCACAGCGACACCAUGCUGGGCAUGAUCAGGAACUCGCUGUUCGGGAGCGUGGAGACGUGGCCUUGGCAGGUCCUGAGCACCGGGGGCAAGGAAGAAGUCUCCUAUGAGGAAAGAGCCUGUGAAGGAGGGAAGUUUGCCACUGUGGAAGUGACAGACAAGCAUGUGGACGAGGCUCUACGGGAAGCCAUGCCCAAGAUCAUGAAGUAUGUGGGCGGCACCAAUGACAAAGGAAUUGGGAUGGGAAUGACAGUCCCGAUCUCCUUUGCCGUGUUCCCCAAUGAGGAUGGCUCCCUACAGAAGAAACUGAAAGUCUGGUUCCGAAUUCCGAACCAGUUUCAAAGCAACCCACCGGUUCCCAGUGACGGGAGUGUGAAGAUCGAGGAGCGGGCCGGCAUCACCGUCUAUUCCACGCAGUUCGGGGGGUUCGCCAAGGAAGCAGAUUAUGUAGCUCACGCCACCCAGCUGCGCACCGUCCUGGAAGGCACACAAGCCACCUACCAGGGUGAUGUCUACUACUGCACAGGAUAUGACCCCCCCAUGAAGCCCUACGGACGUCGCAAUGAGGUCUGGCUGGUGAAGACAUGAGUCACUCGCACAGCCGAGAACUUCCUGGAAGUAUGCCACUGUGUCCGCUGACUCCGGGUCAGGAGGGGGCAAGCCUUCUCAAGUUCCAGCUUUCCUUCAAAGCCAGUCACUGCCAGUUUUCUGAAAUAAACACAUUCCCCAUGCCCAAGGGAAUAACACAGCCAAGACUGGCAUCUUUGUUCUUGUUCAGUUAGAAAAUUCUGUGACAGAUCAGAAAAAUCCCAGCAGCAUUUUCUUAGCCAUCUGGGUCACUGAAAACUGAUUUUUUAAAAAAUUAUUGAAUGUGUAUUUUUGUUAGUGAGGGAACAUGUGAUUUGUGCAGGAGCUUUCAUCUGGGAUUCUUACAAGAAUUUUGUCCAAAAGCAAACCAAAAAUAAAAAUCUUUGAUUUAAACGGC